CAGGUGAAGAACAUUCAGUCUUAUUGUUAUUCUGAUUACAAAUGCUCAAGUUAGUGGGUUAGAAACAWAUUCAACAUGUAGAUUUCAGUCUCUCCACAACUCCCUUUAACAGGUAGGAACAGGUUUUACUGCAACUUUCACUUUCAUUUAUCUGGCCCAGUACAGACAUUUUAAUAAUGACAUGGCGGACGCUGCAUCAUUCAGAGACAAAGUGUCUUCACUCAGGAUUGUGCUUCUGGGGAAGAGUGAUGACAAGAAGAGUACAGUGGGUAACAUGAUCCUACAGAAUCAGGCUUUUUUCAACUAUAAACAGCAAUGGGAGUCAGCCAGUGGGAAGAUGAAUGGCAAGUCUGUUACUGUUGUAAAGACUCCAGACUUCUUUGCUCCACGUCUGACUGUGCAGUCCCUGAUGCAAGAGAUAGAGAAAUGUAAGUCCCUCUCUGCUCCUGGGCCUCAUGGGGUUCUGCUGGUGUUGAAGCCUGAGAAGUUCACAGAGGAGAACAGAAACACAUUCAAGUUCAUCCUGAGCAUAUUUGGUAAAGAGGCCUUCAAGCACUCAAUGGUGAUCAUUACUCACCAAAAGGGAGUCGCAGGAAAUCCUCAUCUGAGACAAAUGAUUGAAGAAUGUGGAGGAAGGCAUCAUGAAAUGUACAAACAAGGAAGUGACCACAAAGAGUUAACUGAAAAGAUAGAAAAGAUGGUAGAGGAGAAUGAAUGGAGAUACCUCACCUCCAAUGAAGAGACAACACAUGAUACCAUGACACCAAAGGCUCAGAGACUGAACGUGGUGCUGUGUGGCAGAAGAGGAGCUGGGAAGACUUCUAUAGCCAAUGCCAUACUGGGUCAGACAGAGUCCAGUCCAAAGUCCAGCUCCUCCUCAGUGUGUGUGAAGAGAGGAGAGGUGUGUGGUCGGCCUGUCACCCUCAUCGAGCUGCCUGCUCUGUAUAGAACACAUCUCACUCAGGAGGAAGUGAUGCGUGAGACUUUCCACUGUGUCUCUCUCUGUGACUCUGGAGUCCAUGCUUUCCUCCUGGUCGUACCUUUGGGUCCACUCACUGAUGAAGACAAAGGAGAGUUGGAGACCAUCCAGAAGAUUCUCAGCUCACGAGUCAAUGACUUUAUCAUGGUCCUGUUUAGACAGGAUAACAUUCCAGUUGAUAAAACUGCAGUUGACUUUGUGGAACCAAAUGCAGACACAAAGCAACUGAUCAAGAUAUGCGGAGGGCGAUAUAAAAUCUUUGAUGCUUUGAAGAUUGAUAACGCCAAGCAGAUGACAGAGCUUGUAACAGAAAUAGUCAAAAUGAUGGAUCAGAACAGAACCUGCUACACUCUGUACAUGUACAUGGAGGCUAAACACCAAUCAGAACUGGACCAAAACAGAAGAAUCAAGGAUUUAGAGGAGAGAAUCAGGAACAUGUCACAAGGUGCUGAAAUGGAGUGCUCCAGCACAGCACCCUUAUGCACUAUAAGGGUGGUGCUGAUUGGGAAAACUGGAAAUGGGAAGAGCGCCUCCGCAAACACUAUCCUGGGCAGAGAUGAAUUUGAGUCAGAAUCCAGCACUGAUUCUGUGACAACAGUUUGCAAGAAGGUAGUUGGAAAAGUUGAUGGAAUAACAGUUGCUGUGGUGGACACACCUGGACUUUUUGACACAAAAUUGUCUAAAAAAGAUGUUCAGCAAGAGAUAGUGAAAUGUGUCUCCCUGUCAGCUCCUGGACCCCAUGUGUUUAUCAUAGUGUUGAGUAUCGGGAGAAUCACACAAGAGGAGAUGGAUGCUUUGGACCUCAUAGAGACAACCUUUGGUCCACGGGCAGGAAUGUUCUGCUUAGUUCUGUUUACUAGAGGAGAUGACUUGAAAAAUAAAUCAAUUCAAGAUUACAUUGGGAACAAUGCCAAACUGAAAAAACUGAUCAGAGAUUGUGGAGACAGACUCCAUGUCUUCAACAACAACAACAAUAACCGCACACAGGCCACUGAGCUUCUUAAGAAGAUUAACAAAAUGGUGUCCAUGAACAAGGGCAGUUUCUACACCAGUGAGAUGUUCCAGGAGGCAGAGGCAUCCAUUAAACAAAAACAAGAAGCAAUACUGAAGGAGAGAGAGACGGAGAUAAAGGCUGACAUGGAGAAACUGAAGGUCAGACAUGAAACAGACAUGGAAAAGAUGAAGUCAAAGUUGGAAGAGGAGAGAUUGAAAGUUGAGGAGGAAAGACAGCUGAGAGAAAAACUGUUGAGAGAGAGAGAAGAAGCUAUUAGAAAAGAACAUGAAGACAAGGAGAAAUCAGAGAAGGAAGAAAGAGAGUUGAAGGACAAAAAAAGGAAAGAAGAUGAAAAGUUGAAAAGGAGAAAUUGGGUCGCAGAAAAAGAGAAGAUGGAAAAAGAGAUAAAAACUCAGAAAAAAAGGUUGGAAAAACAACAAAGAGAAAAAGAAGAAGAAGAUCAAAUGAGAAUGAAACGACAGAGCAAGGAAGACGAAGACAGACAAAAAUUUGUUACAAAUCAAGAAAGGCAGUUUGCAGAACUGAAAAUGAAACAGGAUGAAGAAAAUGAAAAGAGAGAGAAAGAAGAGGAUGAGAGGAGGAAACAUGAAGAGGAAGAAAGACAAGAGUGGCAAAGCAAAAUAGAGGAAGCAGAGAAAGGUCAAACAGAACUCCAAGAGGUCAUGCGUAGAGAAAAAGAGGAAUGGGAGGAACAAUUGAAGAAAGAAAGAGACAGACAACUGGAAGAAGAAAGGCUGAGGAGACAGAAGGAGGCAGACACUCUUGUAGAACAAGAGAAAAAACAGAGGAGAUUGAGAGAGCAGUUUGAAAGAGAGAGGGAACAAGAGAGAAUAAACAUGAAGCAAUCAGAAGACCAGAGGAGAGAAAUAGAGCAGAAAGAAAGAGAAAAAAUAGCAAAAGACUUUGAAGAAAAGAGGAGAGAGUUGACAGACAAAAUGACAAUGCAACAAGAGCAGUGGGAGAAAGAACGUAGCAAGGAACAGAAAAGAAGAUGUCAAGAGGAUGUAAAUAGAAAAAUGGAGGAGGAGCAAAAAAUCAAGAAAGUGCAGGAAGAAUUUCAACAAGAAGAGAAAAUGAAGAAAGAGAAGGAAGAUGAAGCCAGGAGUGAACAAGAAGAGAAUAAAUUUAAGGAAAUGAAGGCAGAGCAUGAAAAGGAAACAAAAGAAAUUAUGGAUAAAUAUGAACAAGAGGCCAGAACACAAGGAGAGAAAUUAAACUGCUUUAAAAAAGAGUGUGAACAAUAUAAAGAAGAGAAGGCGAUACUUAUGCAAAAGCACAUAAAGGAGACUGAUAAAUUAAAGGAUCUAUAUGGUCAUAAUGAAAAAGAACUGACUGAUAAAAUUAAGGAAAUGGAGAAAAUACAGAAAGAAGAGAUAGAAAACAUGACAACGGUAAUGGGAAUCGUGAAACAAGUGUUUAGCAAAUGUACUAUGCAGUGAGAGUCUUAACUACAUGACAACGUGCAUUAGUUAUACUAGUCCCAUACAAAUAAGGCUUAACCCUCUGAGAUUGAAGGGUUUUCCCUAUGAUAUUUACUGCCCUAAUACAUAGAUUAGUUUGAAGAUAGUAAUAACAUGCACCCCCUAACAACAUUACUGACGAAAAUGAAUAUGUAUAUACUGUAUGUAAAUACAACAUAGUACAUAAAAUGUCAUUACCUACUGGACAGUAAUGAUGAGGAGGAGGAGGAGGAUGAAGAUGGUGUAAAAGCUGAAAUAGUAUAAUAUUAAGAUCUUUGCUCCACAUUCCUUUAACAACAGUGUUGUAAAUCACAUAUUUAAACUGCUACAGAUAUAGAACGAUAACUACAAAUGUGCAGAAUGUUCACCUGUACUUUCCCAGAGAAAUUGUCAGAGUCCGGACACCUGUACCUGCUUCCUAAAUAGUAGGCUGUUUAGGUAUGAAAAAUUUGAAAUUCAAAUUUAAAUAGUAGUCCAUGUGACAUUUCUUGCCUACUAAUUACUAAAACGACAUUCUGUGUACUAAUCAUACUACAUACUAGAUAGAACGUGCCGUUUAGUAAAAACACAUUCAGAAAGCAACAAAUAUCAACAUACUUAUCCAUACUGAGAAGGCUUCAUCUAAUGGACAAUCGCGAUUGUUCCCCUCCCUUGGUUUAUUAGAGUGUGUCCCCUAUUCUGAUUAUCAACUGUUGUCAAACACACUUGUGAGAAGAUUAUUCUCUUCCUCAAUAGGGUGCAGUGAAUUCUACUAGAUGAAAAGGCCAAAUGAGUAUGACAUCCUGGCAUUUAAGCACACUCGAUGUUUGAAAUCACAACAUAUUGUAAAACUCUCUUUUUACAUACUCAAAAAUCCUACUAUGUAGAACGCAAUUGUGGGUAUUCGGUCACGGCAAAUGUUUUAAAUGCUAAGAUGUCAUUCACAUGUCGGCUAAGAAUUCACUGCAUGCUAUUGAGGAAGACAAUCAUCUUUUCAGACCCUGGUGUGUUUGACAACAGCUGCAAAUAAGAUCAGGGGACGUGUUGUACCAAAAUGAAUGGCAGUAAACGACAGUAAACAACACAAUUGGGCAUUAGAUCAGUUUCCCAACCUUAGUCCUCCAGUACCCCACGUUUUUGUUGUAGCCCCGGACAAAAACACCUGAUUAACACCUGUCAAGGACUUGGUGAUUUAGAUGACAAGUAGAAUAAGGUGUACUUGUCUGUGGGCCACAGAAAUAUGGUCCUACUUCUGGUUGUACUUGAGGACCAGAAUUGGGAAACACUGCAUUAGAAUACACCUUUUCAGUAUGUAUGAGCCUAGUAUGUAUGAGCCUAGAAUGUAUGAUCCUAGUAUGUAUGAGCCUAGUAUGUAUCAUCCUAGUAUGUAUGAGCCUAGUAUGUAUGAGCCUAGAAUGUAUGAUCCUAGUAUGUAUGAUCCUAGUAUGUAUGAGCCUAGUAUGUAUCAUCCUAGUAUGUAUGAGCCUAGUAUGUAUGAGCCUAGAAUGUAUGAUCCUAGAAUGUAUGAUCCUAGUAUGUAUGAUCCUAGAAUGUAUGAUCCUAGAAUGUAUGAGCCUAGAAUGUAUGAUCCUAGUAUGUAUGAUCCUAGUAUGUAUGAUCCUAGUAUGUUUAUAUUUGUUGCUUACUGCAUUCAUUUUUUACUUAACAGUACAUUCUAAAUAGUAUUUAGUAUGAUUACAUAUUUCGUAUACACCCAUUGCCUUCCUGGUCUGUACUAGCAGCCACUGUCUUGCUUUUAUUUGUUGAUUUCAUUUGUUUAUCUUUUAUAUCCGUGAUUGUGCUUUAUAUAUCCUGAUGCUAUAUCUGUCUUUGUGCUGUUCAAACCAGAGAAUAAAAGACAAAAGAGACAAAUAUCAA